GCUGGUACAAGAAGCCACACAAGGAAAGGUGUGUAAGAGGAAAUCAAAAGGAUCUCCAGGAAAAUGGCUUUGGCCAGUGGACAGUUCUGGUACAGAUGGACAAAUGACUACUUUUUGCUUACUAUUAUUAGUUGGGGACUCCUAUGUCAUGUGGAUGCUUGGACUUACCACUUUGGGGACAAAUCAGACCUAAACUGGGAAGAUGCACGGACGUUUUGCCAGACGUGGUAUACUGACCUGGUAGCAAUCCAGAACAAAGAAGAAAUCGCCUAUCUCAAUGCUGUCUUACCAAAACAUUCGAAGUACUACUGGAUUGGGAUCCGGAAAAUAAACAACACCUGGACCUGGGUAGGAACUGGAAAGGCCCUGACCAAAGAGGCAGAGAACUGGGCUUAUCGGGAACCUAACAACAAGUUCUCCAACCAGGAUUGUGUUGAGAUUUACAUUAAGAGGAACUAUGAAGCUGGAAAAUGGAAUGAUGAGCCUUGUUCGAAGAGAAAACGGGCACUAUGCUAUGAAGCUUCUUGUCAACCGUCCUCCUGCAAUGAGCGUAGUGAAUGUGUGGAGACCAUUGGGAACCACACCUGCCAAUGCUACCCUGGUUUCCAUGGCCCUCUGUGUGAAAAUGCUGUAAAAUGCAAUGAGUUUGGCCCUCUCCAUCAGGCCCUGCUCAUGAAUUGCACUCAUCCACUGGAGCACUUCAGUUACAGAUCUUAUUGCAGCUUCAGGUGUGAUAAAGGUUUUACCAUAACUGGCUCAGCCAACUUGCAGUGUUUGCCAUCUGGGCAAUGGACAGCAGAUGUACCUCAGUGUGCAGCUAUUCAGUGCCAGCCAUUAAAUAUCCCUGUAAAUGGAAACUUCAGCUGCAUUCAUAUCCAUGGGGAAUUCCAUUACCUGUCUAGUUGCAACUUUAAAUGCAAAGAAGGCUUUCUAAUAAAUGGAGCAGAGACCAUUAUGUGUGAAGCAUCUGGAAAAUGGAGUGCUGCAGAGCCAGCCUGCCAAGUUAAGCAAUGUCAGCCAAUUCGGCCACCUGCAAGAGGAAUGAUGGAUUGUGUAAACCCAAUUGGUGAUUAUAGUUACAACUCCACAUGCAUCUUUGCUUGUGAAGUGGGCUUUCAACUUAGUGAUUCCCAGACUUUGAUUUGCAAUGCAGCUGGUCAGUGGACUUCUCAAGUACCGGCAUGUCAGGCUGUUCAGUGCCAGUCCCUAGAGGCACCUGCUCAUGGAAAUACCACCUGUGUUCAUCUCCAUGGGGAAUUUCAGUACCAAUCUAGGUGCACCUUUCUUUGCAACGAGGGUUUUCGGUUAUUUGGAAAAGAGGUCACUGAGUGCACAGCUUCUGGAAAUUGGACAGCCCCAGCCCCAGUUUGCCAAGUCAUGCAGUGCCACCAUCUGCAGCGUCCUAAAAAUGGGGAGAUGGCCUGCUCUCAUCCAUUUGCAGAGUUUGCUUACCAAUCCACCUGUCAGUUUGCGUGUGAGCCUGGCUUUUUCUUGGCUGGAGCAAAGACAACCAUCUGCUUGGCAACCGGGCACUGGAGUUCUCCAUUACCAGCAUGCCAGGUUAUUGAAUGCCCAAAGCUGGAUGCUCCUCAGAAUGGAGAAUUGAAUUGUUCUCAUCCACAUGGAAGCUUUGCUUAUAAUUCCAGUUGUGCCUUCUCCUGUGAUAUGGGCUUUGUACGUGUUGGAACAAGUCAGCUUCAGUGCACAGACUUGGGAAAGUGGACUGCAGCAACACCUAGUUGUAAAGCUGCCACGUGCCCAUUUCUACAUAGGCCAGCAAAUGGCCAUUUAAAGUGUCUUCACCCUCAUAGCCAUUUUGCAUAUGGCUCCAGUUGCAACUUUUCCUGCAAUGCCGGUUUUCAGCUGAUUGGGCUGGUAACACUUGAUUGCACAGCAUUAGGAAACUGGACUCAAGAAAUGCCAUAUUGUAAAGCCGUCCAAUGCACACCACUGAAAACUCUAGAGAAUGGCAAAGAAAACUGCUCUAAUCCUUAUGGAUUAUUUGCAUAUUACUCCAGUUGCACCUUCUCCUGCAGCUCUGGGUUUGAGUUAGCUGGAUCAGAGCAGCUGAACUGCACAGAUCAGGGAAACUGGACAGGAGAGACACCCAUCUGUGAAGCUCUCAAGUGCCCAGAAUUGCAUGCUCCAAAGAAUGGACAGCUCACAUGCUCUCAACCAUAUGGAAACUUCACAUAUAGCACCAGCUGUAUCUUCUCCUGUAAUAUGGGUUUUAUAAGAAUUGGACCCAAGAGGCUUAACUGUAUGGCCACAGGAGAGUGGACAGGAUUUGCACCAUUCUGUGGAGCCAUAAAGUGUCCCCCACUGAGAGAGAUGGAGAACAUGAAGAAGAACUGCUCCCAUCCCUGGGGCUCCUUCAGCUAUAGCUCAGCAUGUCGCUUCUCCUGCACUGAGGGCUUCAUUCUCAAUGGAACAAGUAGGAUGCAGUGUCAACCUGAUGGCCGCUGGUCCAGUGAGAUGCCUGUUUGUCAAGAAAAUGCUGCCAAUUACCUCAAGCAAGUUCUGCUUUAUACUGGUGGAGUCACAGCAUCCCUUGUUGCUGUUAUGAUCUCUGGGGGUCUGAUAGCUCUGGCAAUUAAGCGUCUUGGCAAAAGAGAGGAGAAAAAGAAGCUGUUAAGCCAUACCAGGGACUUGGGGGUACCUGGUGUAUAUUCCAAUUCAGCAUAUGAUUCAGUUUCCUAAGAACUCAUCUGGAACAUGCCAUGAAGAAAAAUGCUGAUGCAGUGGGAUAUCCCUGUACCUCAAUUCAAUUCUACGAAUAUUGUUGAUUAGCAUUAGUGCUCACUGAAAGUCAGAGACAAUAAAUUAAUGCUUGAAGCAUCUAGCUUUAAAAGAUACUUUGCAUGGAGCUUCCAUUCAUCAUCUAGCUACAGCACUUAAAGGAUCUCAAAACUUCCUGAACUUCAUUAUCAUUUAUCUUGUGGCCAAGAUGCUCUGAGAUGACCCAUGUUCUUCCUGUGUUGUUGGUACUCAUAACAUUGCAAACUAUGAUUGAUAAAAGAUGGCGUAGAUAUGCCAAGAAACCUUUUUUGGAAAUUGUGACUGAUUUUCCAAGACACGCUAAUUUUAACAUUGAUUUUUUAAAAAAUCAAACAUAGAUUUCAGAAUUGAGGCAUGUUUCUAUUUUCUUACAUGUGUAAUCAAGAUACACAUGUAAAGGCUUAAUAAAUCUUGCUUCUUUCA